GGGAAGAUAAUGAAGAUUCACUCAUCUGCACUGAUAAAAGGAGAGAAGAGUUGGAUUUUAUGAUCGAAGACUGGAGGUCAGGACUGGGAUUUGCAAGGAGAAGAUCUAGGAAGAGGAGUGGAUGAUUGAAGGAGAAGAAGAGUAUGGACUGCGCCUCUGUGUGGAUCUUCCUACUGUCCCUUUCUCUCUCCCAUCAAAGAGUUACAGCAGAAAUUGAAGCAUGCAGGACGGUGGUGCAGGCAGACAUCGUUUUUCUGGUGGAUGAGUCAUGGGGCGUGGGUCAGACCAGCUUCUCCAGCGUUAAAGGCUUCAUGUCCUCCAUCGUCACCUCGUUCAAGGACAGGGUGGCGGGAGACGGCGGGGUCCGCUUUGGCGUGACGGUCUUUGGGGACAUCGCAAGGAUGAGGAUUGCACUGACUGACUACAGUUCACCAGAGGAGGUGCUCACAGCCAUCAGAGACCUGCCCUAUGACGGUGGAUCCAGGAGGACUGGUGAUGCCCUCCGGUUUCUGGUCGACUCUGUCUUCAGCCCCGCCAUCAGCCGAGAUGAAGCCUCAAAGAUUGCUGUUCUGAUCACCAAUGGACGCUCCGACGAUCAAGUGGACGUGGCGGCCAGAGCUGUGGCUGACAGUGGGAUCUCGCUCUUUGCAGUAGGUGUGUCGGGAGCGGACGAGUCCGAGCUGAGGAGGAUUGUGUCAGAACCACACGAGGAGCACUUGUUGCUCAGCAGCGACUACUCCCUCCUGGACAACGUCCUUCCCAAACUGUCCCGCCGAGUGUGCUUCACAGCCUCUGAACCGCCGCGACCUGUGAAAAGUCCCCAGCCUGUUGAGGAGCCUAUCGUGGGUCCCAGAGACCUGCAGGUGAGCGAGUUGGCUCACAGCUCCCUCCGCCUGACGUGGAGCCAGGCCACAGGUGAUGUCACCGGAUAUCGCCUCCUGGUCACCCCUCUCACCUCCAGAGGAAACCCCCUCCCCCAACAGCAGAGACAGAUUGAUCUGAAAGCAGAUGUGAGCACUGAGCUCGUCACGGAGCUGAGUCCUAAAAGAGACUACUCCCUCACUGUCUACGCCAUCUACCCCAACCUCAUAGGAGACUCUGUGACAAUCAACAUUCAGACGACUGCUUUGCCGCAGGUGUCAAACUUCCGUGUUAUUGAGGAGGGUUUGUUCUCGCUGCGUCUCGGCUGGACUCCUCCUCUAGGGAAACUAAGUGGAUUCAAGAUCUACGUCCCGAGAUCUAACAGGCCAGGAUAUACUUAUGAGCAGCUACUUCCUGGGGACGUCUCGUCUCACGUGAUUGACAGCCUGGAGGAGGACAAGAAGUACACUGUCAAUAUUUACGCCGUUUUCCCUCAGGGACCAAGUGAGCCCGUUUCAAUCGUGGGCAAGACAUUAAAGCUGAUACCAGUUCAGCAUUUCCUGGUUCAAAACGCCACCACAGACACUGUGCAGGCGAGGUGGACUUCAGUGCGGGGAGCGACAGGAUAUCGUCUGACAUGGGCCUCCCCAGACGAUCACAUCGAGAACAUAAACCUCGGCGACAACUUCAACUUCUACAUGAUCCAGGGCCUCCACGCAGGCUCCGAGUACACUGUGACCAUCAAUCCCAUCUUUGGAGACAUUGAGGGGCCCGUCACCACCACCAAAGCAAAAACAUUGGAGAGCAGUGCAGUUCAGACUCUGAAGGUUUCUGCUGUGACCACCAGUGCGGCUGUCGUCUCAUGGAACAGCGUCCCGGGAGCCACGGGAUACAGACUUGCCUGGGGACCCACCCCAGAGUUUAUUGGCCGGGACCGUCCCAGACAGUUGGCUUUGAAUGGCAGCACCAUCGAGUACCAUCUGAAGAAUGUAGCCCAUGACACAGAGUAUGUCCUGACUCUGUAUGUGCUGUUUGGAUCCGUGGUGGGACCCGGCGUCUCCGGGACUUUCAAAACGUCUCCUUUGGGCUACGUGUCCAACUUCAAGGUGGUGUCCUACACCAGCACCUCAAUAGAUGUGGAGUGGAGUCCAAUUGUAGGGGCCACUGAGUACAAACUCACUUGGAACACAGCUGAUAGCAGCCCUCAGUCACAUUACCUGGACCGCAAAGUUCUCUAUCACCGCAUCGAAGAUCUGAACCCGCUGUCAAACUACAUGAUCAACAUCCGUGCAAUUUACGGCAACUCGGAGGGACCAGAAAUCUCCUUAUCCCAGCUCACAGCUGCUGUAUCAGACUCGGAGCCACUCAAGGCAGUGAGAGGCGUGAAAGUUGUGGACAUUGGAGUCAACUUUUUCACCGUGUCCUGGAACAAAACACCAGGGGCCACUGGCUACAAAAUAUACUGGAUCCCCUUCCUGGGUGGUGAUGAGAAGUCCCAUGUGGUCUCUGCUGCCUCUACCAGCUUCACCAUCCGCAACCUGCGGGAGAGCUCGGCUUACAAGAUCCAGGUUUCGUCCAUGGUGGUCCACAGGGAGGGAAGUCCAGUUCUGGUCACCGCACGGACCUUGGAUCUUCCUAAAGUGAAUGGCUUUACAGCGCUGAACACCACAGACAGCAGCACUGUGCUGAACUGGACACGAGUGGCCGGCGUCUCGGGCUACCUUCUCUCUUGGAGGCACAUUUCAGUGUUGGAGACUCAAACAGAGAUCCUCGGUCCUGGUUUCAGCUCCUAUAAGAUCGGCGAUCUCCUCUAUGGCAGAACAUAUAUCUUCACCAUCAGACCUUUGUAUGGAGAGGUGGAGGGGCCGAUAACCACUGUGUAUCAGAGAAUAUUGGGACAGGAUUCUCCGGCGGCAACAGUCCAGUCUGUGCCAGCCACUGCAGUGUCCAUCACGACCAUCGCUACCAUCGCUCAGACAACCAAAAAGACCACUCGUCAUCAGCCCAUCGCUGUGCCGUCCGUGAAAACUACGACCACCACAAAGCCUCCCGUUCAGCCGAGUGUCACCACCCCUCACUUAACCACAUCCACUCCAGAAUCAACAGCUCCACCACAACCAGUGUGUGGUAAGGCCAAAGCAGACAUCGUAUUCUUGGUGGACGAGUCCUCCAGCAUUGGUGCUAACAACUUUAUCAAGAUAAAAGACUUCAUAUUCCGGGUGGUCACUUACUUCCCUGUCAUUGGUCGUCAAGGCACACAGAUCGCUGUGGUUCAUUACAGUGACGAGCCUCGAAUUGAAUUCAAUCUAAGUCAUUUCAAAGACAGAAACUCAGUCCUCAGGGCGCUCAGAGCUCUGCGUUACAGAGGGGGCAACACUAAAACAGGAAAAGGCAUCAGCUACAUUGUGCAGGAGCUGUUCCAGGAGUCUGUAGGGAUGCGAGCAGAUGUGGCCCAUGUUCUGGUCCUGAUCACAGAUGGCAGAGCCCAGGAUGAUGUGGCGCCACCGUCCAGAAUUGCCCGCGCGCUAGGUGUCAGCAUCCUGGCAGUCGGAGUCUCUAAUGCAGACACAGAGGAGCUGAAUAAGAUAGCAGCUCCCACCAGCUACAAGAACGUCUUCUUCUCCCCGACUUUCGAUGACUUUCCUUCUGUCGAGAGAGAGUUUAUCAAAACCAUCUGCAGCGAGGAACUACUGUCUGAAUUCAAAGUAGAUGACGAGUUUGCUCAGUUGGACACGCCGACUGACGACCCGGAGGAGCUGCCCAAGCCUCAGGGCCCCUGCCCUUCCCAGUGUGUGAAGGGCCAGAAAGGUGAAAAGGGAGGUGGUUUUGGUCUCGGAGGUCUGAAAUUUAGGCCGAGUCCUGGACAGUUUGACCCUUUCACUUCCAGCAAAGGAGAGACGGGAGAGAGGGGACCUCCAGGAACAGAUGGUGUUCCCGGGUUGCCUGGGCGACCAGGGAGAACUGGACCUCCAGGUUCUGCUGGCCAGAGGGGCUCUUCCGGCAUCCCAGGUGACAUGGGUCAUCCUGGUCCGCCUGGUCCAAAGGGACAAAGAGGAGAGAUAGGAGAACCUGGAUAUGUCAUCGCUGGCACGGACGCAAAUUAUGUCCCCGGUCGAAAAGGAGAACCAGGAUCUUCAGGUCCACAAGGAGCUCCUGGUGUACCAGGGGUCAAUGGAGCUCCAGGUCUCCCUGGUCAGCUGGGACCUCCAGGGACACCGGGGCUGUCUAUCAAGGGAGAGCCUGGAGAACCAGGAGCAAAAGGUUUACGUGGCAACCGGGGCGUGAAAGGAGACAAAGGCGAUCCGGGAAAAGACGGAGCUGCUGGUUUGCCUGGUCCCAUUGGCAUAGACGGGGUUUCAGGAUUACAGGGUCAGAAAGGAGACAAGGGUGAACAAGGAAUUGGCAUACAGGGUAUUCAAGGUGUUCGUGGAGACCAGGGAGCGAAGGUACAUCACAACAAAAGACCCUCCUACCCCCUCUCCGAGCGCUCGCUGUGUCCAAAGCCCAGGGGAGGUCACAAUGAGUCACAGCAGCUAAAGCCUCCAAAUGAACCUGGCCUCUGUUUUGGUAGCUGGUCCAGCAGUUGA